AUUACGUUGUUUUUUUAAUUUUAAUACUUGCAGUUUUCACAUCGUUAAAUUUUCUCGUUAGUUUUUUUGCACCGCGGCAAAUUCAUUAUCAUGAAUAACCUCGUGACUUUUUAUCAGACUCGAAUGAAAAUAUAAUUAGCUUUUCCAUUGAUACGCGAAGAAAAAAUUUUAAUCGAGAGAAUCGUCUCGCGAUUCGAAGAAGCACGAUUCGAGUGUAGUUCAUGUUCUUUUUCGAUGGUUCGAUUCUUAGAAUCACAGCAUCACCAAUGUUAUCUAUCGGAAGUUUGGUUUGAAUGAGAUAAACGUUAUGCAAUUACGGAAGUAACGGAAUAUAGAUUAGGUUUCAAUUUAAGCGUUAUACGCCAUUGAUAUACAUAUAUCUAAUGAGAGAUGUACUCGUGCGCACGGCUAUCCGUCGAUGACGCAUCGCACACAGCUAAGGAAAGGUAAUGGUUCGAACGUAAUACGACAUGGAUGGAACUUCGAAGGGGGAAAGAAAGGUUACUACUGCGCGUUUCGUAUAACUAUUCGAGUAAUCUCAUUUUCUUGAUUCACUCGUUCACCGCGUGUAAGUAAAACAUUAUUCGCAUUAUAUUGCGUAUGAUCGUAUGGAAAAAAUUCAUUGAGAAAACAGAGAAACGAAGAAAAGAAAAGAGAAGAAAAAUAGAAACUAGGAUGAGAAGAUCAAUCGUUGCCAGCAUCAGUGUCGUGAUACUCGUUGGAGCAAUGUUGUGCAGCAUCUCUGACGGACAAGUGUACAUGGGAACGAAUUGGUUGAAAGAUCUGCACGAGAAUAUCAAUGCGUUGAACAGGAAUCUACAACAAAAUAUGUACCAGCUGCAACAACGAAUACAUAACACGGUGCAAAGAAAUUUGGAACAUGUUCAUCGAUUGACGGAAAAUCUAGAUAAUAAUUCUAAUAAUAUGAUGCAAAUGAUUGGAGGAAAUAGUGUCAUCGUAUCGAAUAAUGAUGGCACUAAGAUCGUCCAAUCCGGUCGCACUUCCGAUGGAAAACCUUAUAUCCGUGAAAGCACGGACAAAAUUAUAGGCGACACUCUUCAACAUAUUGAAAGAAUUUACGAUCCCAUUACUAAUACUUCAAAGAUGCACGGCUAUACGUUGAAUUUAAAGGAUCCCUCGGCUAAACCUGUUCCGUUAAACGAUACUGUGUAAACGAUGCCAAGGAAAAACGAUGCUACUACUUAAUCCUUAUAUUUUAACAAUAAUCAUUUAUGUAUCUAAUAUUUUAUUUCCACAUAUGUAAAGGACAAUAAAUGAGUGAAUAAUCAA